UGGACCAUCUGUCUCGCUGGCUACCCACACAACAAAGAAGGACCCAGGAUGGUGUUAGUACAUGUUGGAUAUCUGGUUCUCCCCGUCUUCGGCUCAGUUAGAAAUAGAGGAGCACACUUCACCAGGCAUCAACACAGCCAUGCUACCUCCUGCCGACACUUUCACCUGGGCGCUCCGCAGGCGCCCAUCUCGGCAGAGUUCCCCCUAGGACACGCCAGCCAGCCGCCUCAGACCGGCCUGGCCCCCCACCUGCCCCCGGCACACCAUCCGCCCCUCACUGCCCUGCCUGCGCCCCCUCAGUUCCAGGACGUGCCGGGGCCUCCAUUCCUACCUCAGGCCUUACACCAGCAAUACCUCAUCCAGCAGCAGCUUCUUGAAGCGCAGCACCGCAGGAUUCUCCCGCACUCCAGAAGAACCCAGGAGCGUAUUCCCCUGAACCCUCACCGGCUGCGCUCAGGCUAUGAGUACUCCCCUCCCCUCCAUGUUCCACAGCCAAUGACGCAGCAGCAGCAGCGCUACCUGGCCGAAGGGACCGACUGGGAUCUCAGCGUUGAUGCUGGCCUCCCUCACCACCAGUACCAGCUCCAGCAGCUUCCACAGCACUAUCAGCAUUACCUGGCCUCCCCUCGAAUGCACCACUUCCCCAGGAACACAUCCUCUGCACAAGUGGUUGUGCAUGAAAUCAGAAACUACCCGUACCCCCAGCUGCACCUGUUGGCACUGCAAAGUCUGAAUCCUUCGAGGCACGCCACCGCUGUACGAGAGAGCUAUGAGGAGCUGUUGCAGCUGGAGGACCGGCUGGGGAGCGUCAGCAGAGGAGCUGUUCAGACAACCAUAGAGAGAUUCACCUUUCCACACAAAUACAAGAAGAGAAAGCCCCUGCAGCUGAAGAUCGGGGAGGAGGAGGAAACAGAUGUGGAUGAGAAAUGCACCAUCUGUUUGUCCAUGCUGGAGGACGGAGAGGACGUCAGGAGAUUGCCCUGCAUGCACCUCUUCCACCAGGGCUGCGUGGACCAAUGGCUGGCCACCAGCAGGAAGUGUCCAAUCUGUCGAGUUGACAUCGAAACACAGCUGAACCCUGACAGCUGAUGGGAUUUAAACCCCCCACCUUGUCAAUCACCCUCGUGUGGUUCCUGCUUUCUCCAACCCCCCGGCUUGCCGGCCCUACCCUCCUCCUGUUGGGUGCUUUGCCAAAUGUCUCCAGACUUCAUGUGACAUCACCACCCUUCUGACUCACGCUUUACUGAGCCAAGCCAGGAUAACUAACUGCAACUGCGAGAGGCCACAAGGGGCUCUCUUUAUAUAGAAGCACAUCCUUCUGGAGGCUAAAGACACGCGAACACACACAUACUCAUGUACACAGGGUUUACUUGUAGCUUGCUGGUUGUAAGUGGGGUGUUGUCGCUGUUGUGGUGUUGUACUGUAGGUAGCCUCGGGCUGUGUAGCAUGUCCUCAAAGCCAUGACUUAAUGUCCUGAGAGUGGAAAACACAUAACCCCACACUGAGCUGGCUACUUUCUCUCUUCUCUCUCUUUCUAUAUAUAUAUAAAUACACACAUAUAUAUAUUUCUCUCCUUUCAAACACACGUCAAUCAAAAUAAAUAUUCUGCCACACGAGAAAACUUAACAGACACUAAAUGCUCUGAUGCCAUGUUUACCUAAAGAUCAUUUGUGGUCGUAGUAGAGUAGCAGUAACCAACAAGUGAUAUCUGGUGCGCUCUCGCCUUCUUGAGGGAGGGGGGGCGAGCACCGGCUAGCUGAGUGUUUUAAUCCUAUCAUGCAGCUUUGACAUUUUUGCAAUACAGGUGUACAUUUACCUUGGGUUGGUGUCAUGUGAGAUGGUGUCACGUGAGUAGGUCUCGGUCGCCCAGUGAUCCGAGUCGUCAUGU